CUAUACAUUUUAAUUAUAAUGGCGGACUCGCCGUCUGAGAAAAAAAGCAAUCUAAAAUGGGAGUGUGUCAUGGCUUGUGGCGCUCUUCUUCUCAUCUGUGCUAUUGUCGGCAUUAUCGUUGGGGUGUUGGAGGCCCUCAACCCGGAUCGCAGUCCGAAGCUGCCGGAAUACACCGUGACCAAGGCGGUGUUGUACCCAAACGCCGCUGCCGACCAAAGCCUUUUAACAGCCGACUUCACCUUCACCCUCAACGUCUCCAACCCUAACAGGAAGAAGACCAUAUUCUUCGACUACGACGACUCCGGCCAUUCACAGGUCAACAUCUCUUCUAGUCUAGUCGUCCACCCGGCGCCGGCGCCGACAUCAUCCGAACAACAGACAAUCAAUAUUGCGUCGGGGUUGCUGUCGUCGUCGAUCCGCGGCAGCCCCUCCUCGUCGUUGGGCCCCAACCAGUCUUCCGACGUCACAAUCAGCCUUCGCGCUCAAAACGUGCCACUUCCAGUAAAAGACGACAAUUACGCCACCACGGUAAUCUUAACCAUGAGCUUUCGCGCUAGGUUUCACCGGCAGAAAUCCAACUAUAAGCAGGUUUUGAUUACAUGCCCCCAUCUCAACUGCACAUUGCCCUCUCGUGGUUUCACCCCCGACUACGACCCUACAUGUAAAGCCACCGAAAUAUAAUGUAUUCGGUGGGCGUUUCGCAGUUGACAAAGGCAAGAAAUGCAUAUUCAGGGU